UAUUAAGCCACUAAACCCUACUUCUUCUCAAUUUUGAGGCUCUUUCACUCAUGGCUUCCUCACCAAAAUUUGUGUGCCUCUUUUUUCUUCUUACAAUCUUAGUUUGCUCAAUCCAAACCUAUGCUAGAGAUAGCCAAUUCUUUAGCAAGGUUACACGAAAGCGCGACGAUGCCACCACCACCACAACCAUCAACCCAAACACUAACAACAAUUACUUCACCAACAACAAAGUAGAUGAUUUUGUACCAUUAAACAAGCAAGAAAAGAAAGAUGAACAACCCGUUUUCCUCCCUCAAACCACCGAAACCGGUUACGGCCUAUACGGGCACGAAACCGGCCUAGAUGCCCCUUCUACCACCACCACCCCAAAUUCCUUGUACAACAUGGAUGAAAACAACAACCAAAAGUACGAGAGUUUCAACAACUACUACAAGAACAACAAUGAAAAUCAUGAGAAGAAUUACACACCCGAGUUGAAAGGUUUGUCCGGUACUACCUACACCGAAAAGACUCCUAUGUCAUACAACAAUUUUAACGAUGAAGGUAAGUUCUAUGAAAUCAACAACAGCAACAACGAUGAGAAUUUCAAUUUCAUGAACAACAAUGAGUAUCAUCAUGAGAAGAAUUACGAGCCCCAGUCGACUUACAACAAUGGUGUAGGUAAGUACUAUGGUGCAUCAUCUAGGUACAACAAUGGUGCGGUGGAGAAACAAGGAAUGAGUGAUACACGGUUCAUGGAAAAUGGAAAGUAUUACUAUGAUGUUGGUGCUGAAAAUAAUAAUAAUAAUAAUGGUGGAAAAUAUUACUAUGAUGUUGAUAAUGUUGAGAAUAAGUAUAAUAAUGGAAACAAGGAGAAUAAUUAUUACGAAGAUGUUUACAACAGCAACAAGAAGUACAACAACAACAGGUUCUUCAAUGGAAAUGGCAUGCAAGAGGAGUUUGAUUUUGAUCAACCUUAAUUAGAAUAGAUUAUAUUAUGAUGAUAACUAAGAUUUAAUCUUCUUUACAUGGAUGAUUAAGUUAAGGUUAUGUAUGUAUGUUAUUUGGGGUUAGUUAAGCACAGGUGAUAUGAUACUUUUUUUUUUUUAAAAUAUAUAAUUAUGGUGCUUAUUGUAAGAUUAUGAAGAUUAUGUUGGUUUUUAUUAUUUAAGUUUUUCCAUGUUUUGUGGGUUGUGGAUAGUUUAUUUCAUGCUGAAACAAAGUUGAGUGUGAAAGUGAAGUUGUAUGGUUUAAAUAUUUUAAUAAAUAUAUAUUGUUCAAAAUA